AUGGGCUUUUUCAAUGGGUGUGGCCCUAGAGGGUUUGUGGGGAGGAAGGAAAAAAUGGAAGAGAAAAAGGGGGUUGGUCGUGUAUGCAGAGCAACUCCAAGGAAGAUGAAAGCAUAUGCUGUUAUUCUCAUAGCUUACGGUUCUGUAGCCGUAGCAAUUCUAGUGUUGAGUUGUCUUUGCAAGGGUGACGGCAAAAGGAAACCCCCCGAUAUGGAAAAGGGCCAAACCACUAAAAGCAGUGACUCAAAAGAUGGUCAAAUGGUGAUUUUAGCAGGAGCGGGUGCUGUUAUAGCCGCUACUGCUGUUGUAACUGCUAGCAGUGGCGGUGGCGGCGGCGGUUGUGGUGGCGGCGGCGGCGGCGGCGGCGGUUGUGGUGGUGGCGGCUGUGGGGGCGGCGGCGGCUGUUGA